UUGUCCGAUAUUAUGUUAGGCCUAGUUUUACAUGGUAUGAAAAAGUAUUUGUAGAAUGACAAAACAGCAUUCCCUUUAAUAAUGUUUUCUCUAAAGCCUACAUAAAACUUACUGAAGAAAAACGUAAUGGUAACGUUAGCAAAAUGUUCUUAGAACAUAUUUCUGCUUCCAUUGGUGAAAUAAAGAAACUGGCAUUGUUAUAAUGUUGUUGUUAACACAAGGUUAAGGAAGACACAUUACAGAAUUAUGUUUAGGGAUUUUAUACAGAAGCUAUUCAGUUUUAAGGUGGAUCCUUGUGGGGUUUUUUUUUCCGGUUACUUCUAAAUUCUAGUUUGAUAUCCAUAGCUGGUUAUCAGUAAAAAUGAAAACAAUUCCUCCAUUUGUUUGCAAGGUUUCUUCUUUCUUCAGACGUUGUCAACAAGAUAUGUUGUAAAUAGCAUAUUCACACAUGCAAAAGCAAAAAAAUGCAAGCCCUCCUUUAAUAUACAGUAUUUCUUUCUGAAAAUGUCUCAGAGCUUUAAAUACUUCAAAAAAAGAAAGCCUGAAACUCUUUGCCUCUCUGUUUCUGUAUUCUGUAUUUAGGUUUUCUUCUUUUGAUUUUUGCUCCUUGUGUGUGUUUUCCCCCCUGAUUGUUGCUAUGUUGUUGUGAGUAUAAUAAUAAUUACUGUUGCUUAUUCGUGUUAUGAAUGCUUGAUGUGCCGUAUGUUGUUGGAUGUUCCCAGUCUUGUUAUAAAUGUACACUUUGCCAAAAACCCCAGAACAAAACGCGUGAUCUGUUGGUUAUUGAUGUAGGUCCAGGUGUUGUGAUGAGAGCACACAUCAAAGCGGAGUCGUUCGGUGUUCGUUGUUCAGGUGAGCAGGUGCGGUGACGUCAGUCGUGAGUGUAGCGCGCUGGUUUGAAGGGGAAGUGAAAGGAGCUUCUCGAUGUGGAAGCGUCGCCAUUAACGAGGAACUUGGAGGAGCAGACAGCGACGGACUCGAGCAGAAUAUGACAUGUUUAAGCACUGUCCGGUUGAGAUCGUUUAGAAGUGUUCAUAAAGCAGUCGUUGAGUAGAUCGGACGCUCGUGUGCCGAGAUGGACGACUCUUUCUGCAUCCGGGUUGAUGUGAUCCGCGAUGAGAGUCUGCAGUGCUGGACGAGCAUCGGAUCCGGCGGAUUCGGCGAGAUCUACCGGGCGAAGCACACCACCCUGGGAAGGGACGUGGCCAUAAAGUUAUUACGUUAUAAAGACGGCAGAUCUGCGUCCUCCAUUCAGAGAGAAGCUCAUCUGAUGUUGCAGGGCGGGAAUCCCAACGUCAUCAGCAUUUUGGGCCUGUACGAGGGCCGUGUGGGCGACAUGCAGCUGCCGCUCCGGUCGGGGCUGGUGAUGGAGUUCAUGCCGAACGGUUCGGUGGCCGAUCUGCUGCAGACGCUGGACGGACCGCCGCCGUGGCCUCUGACCUUCCGCAUGGCGCACGAGAUCAGCCUGGGAAUGAACUUCCUUCACCAUUUGUCGGUCCUGCAUCUGGACCUGAAGCCCAGCAACGUGCUGCUGGACGACAGUCUCAAAACCAAGCUGACAGAUUUCGGCCUGUCUCGAGUGGCUCGAAGUCUUUCUAAAUACCCUCGAGAGAAAAGUGAGGACGAGGGAGGAACGCUGAGCUACAUGCCACCUGAAGCGCUGAAGUCUGUCAAUUACAAAGCCAGCAAAGCCUCCGACGUGUACAGUUACGGCGUCCUGCUGUGGUCCAUCAUCACCGGGAAGGAGCCGUACGGCGGCGUUCUUUCCACUCUGGUGCGCUUCCGGAUCCCGGAGGGGGACAGACCCGAUCUGACGCCGAUAGAUUGCAGCAAGGCCAAAGGUCUGAAUGAUAUGGUGAAGCUCAUGACUAAAUGCUGGCAGCAGGAUCCCGGGAGGAGACCGCCGUUCCUCGAUUGCGUCAAAGAGACGGAGAAGAUCUUUAAUAUGCACAAACAUGGACUCAAUGCUGCCGUCUAUGAUGUUCUGAAGCAGCUGGAUGAUGACGUCUGUUCCAGUUUAAGAUCGAUCCAGAUCUCUAAACCACACGGUGGUAUGUAUGAAAUACGUCCUCAGGUUCCUUCCUGCGUCACUGGUUCGCCUCCUAAACAGGAAAUGGCUGUCGGUUUCACAAAACCCAUAAGGAAAGAAACGUUUCCUCGUCCUGCUCCGCCGGCGACGCCUGUCAGAACAACACAGCGGCAAACUUCAACACCAGGCGGAGUUCAGAUCUCGAUGUCAAACGUCUGUGGGGUUCAGAUCGGCAACAACAACACCAUGAAUAUUGUUCAGAAACCGCGGCAGAGACACCGAACGGCUCCUUCCAGCGUCGGCACGUCUUGUUCCUACUCAGAGAACUCGCAGAAAAAACCAUGACGUGAUGUGAUCACACUCACCUCUGCAGAACAUCAGCUUUUGGCAGCUGAAAGCAUGUUUUAGUGGCUUUUAGUGACUUUCAGGGUGGCUGAACACUCAAAAAGUAUUUAGACCUCAAUUUAAGAUUUAUGUCUUUGAUUGGCAUAUCAAAUUUACAUCCAUUUGGAUGACUGUUUUAACAUAAACUGACUUAUUCACUUAAUGUGAGGGCAGAUUAAUAAUAAACUAUGCAAAAUGUUUAUUACUUAAAAUAUUUUUUGCAUAUUUUAUUUAAAUAUUUCAUAUAUAUAUAUAUAUAUAUGAAGAGUUUAUUUGCAAAAACAGAUAACUCCAUUUUUUAAAUUUUUUACAAAUCAUGUUUUUUUCAUUGUGCAUUGUGCAAUUAAUCUCAAUCAAACUGAUUAUUAAGUAAAAAUAACUGAGUUAUCUGUUUUUGCAAAUAAACUCAACAUAUAUAUAUAUAUAUAUAGAUAUAGAUAGAUAGAUAGAUAGAUAGAUGUAAACACAGUAAUAAAAAAAAUUACUAAAACAAUGAAAUUACUAUAACUUUAAUUAAACUUAAAUGAGAGGAAAUUACAAAAAUCUAAAUGACCUCAAAAUAUAUAUAACAGCUUUUAAUAGUAUCUCAUUGAUAAGUAGAAAUCUGACCUGUUUUUUUAUGUUUGAGUUUAUGUUCAAGUCGUGUGAUACAGAUGAAUGGAAAUUUAAUAUGCAAAUCAAAUACAUAAAUCUUAAAUUAAGGCCCAAAUAUUAUUUAAUGGUGGUGAAACCUGUGAAGAACAUGUCCAACUCCAGUUUUACCUCAAAAUCGAAAGAAAUAAAUAAGCAUAUAUUUUGCAUAUGGAAAAUCAAUUUUAAGACCACAUUUUUUUUUUUUUUAUUGCAUUUUUAAGACAAUUAGAUAUAUUUAACCCUUCCUCGUCCAAAUGUCAGUAGAUAUAAAAUAAAAGAAUAGGUUUUAUAACUUUAUAUGUUAAAGAUAUUUACAUUUUGAUAUACACAUCACUGUAGUGGUUUUUGUACUGUAUUUUAUUUAGGCUGAUUUUCAGGACACGAAAUAUUUGCAUCAUAAUAAUGACAGUAUUGGGAAGAUGUGCUUAAUUGUCACAAUGCAACCAAACAAACAAAUAAUGGUAGUAAAAAUAUGAUUCAAUUUCUUUAUCCAAAAUACAGUCUUUUUCGUUUUUUUCUUUGGAUUUUGGAGUGAAAUUCACAUGAAUAUGCAGUAAUUCAGAUCGAGCCGACUGCUUUUACUGUAGUCUGUGGAUCACGCGACAAUCAACUACUGUAACUAACAAAGUGCUGUGCUUACCUUUAAAUACAUUUUAUAUUGUUUUCCAACAUGUGACUCUGUUGGCUAUUCCUUGCGUUUUAAUAUCAGAUGACGCGCGCUCUGUCACGUGAC